AUGGUUAUAUAUUUUUUUCUUUUUAUAUUAACAUGCUUAAAAAUAAAUAUGAGUUAUGGAUCAAUGUAUUCAAUUAUUUUACCAACUUAUAAUGAAAAAAACAAUGUCCCAUAUAUUAUUUAUAUGAUCAUAGAUGAAUUAUCCAAAAAAAAAAUUAAUUAUGAGAUAAUAUUAGUAGAUGAUAAUAGUGAAGAUUUAACGGCAGAUAUUUAUAAAAAACUACAAUUAACUUUUCCAAAUGAAAAGCUAUUAUUAUUGCAAAGAGAAAAAAAAAGUGGUAUAGGAAGUGCAUAUAUAGAUGCUUUAAAAAUAAUAUCAGGUGAUUAUGUUAUUAUUAUGGAUGCAGAUUUAUCGCAUCAUCCAAAAUAUAUUUAUGAAUUUAUAAAAAAACAAAAAGAAACAAAUUGUGAUAUAGUUUCUGGUAGUAGAUAUAAUAAAGAUGGAGGUAUAUUUGGAUGGGGUUUUAAAAGAAUUUUAAUAAGUCGUGUAGCUAAUUUCUUAUCACAAUUUUUAUUGUUUAUUAAUUUAACAGAUUUAACAGGAUCAUUCAGAUUAUACAAAACUGAUGUUCUUAAAGAAAUUAUACAAAAUAUUCAAGGAAAAGGUUUUUCAUUUCAAAUGGAAGUAAUUGUAAGAGCCCAUAAAAAAGGAAAAAAAAUUGAAGAAGUUGGUUAUAUAUUUUAUAAUAGAUUAUUUGGUGAAUCAAAAUUAGCUUCAAACGAUAUUUUUCAGUAUCUUUUUUGUCUUUUGCGUUUAUUUUGGACACUUUAA